CGGAGGUAGACAACCCGAUUCGAGCGACGAGGAAGCAUGGAAGACAUCGGGCUCAAGACGACCGACAUGGAGGACGUGGCGAUGCUGCCGCUCUCUGACAAGCAGGAGGAUGACAUGUUCUCCAAGUACAAGGCGCUCCAGCGCCACCUCGAGUUCCUCGACAUCCAGGAGGGCUACAUCAAGGACGAGAUGAAGAACUUGAAGCGCGAGCUCAUCCGUGCUAAGGAAGAGGUCAAGCGCAUCCAGUCCGUGCCGCUCGUCAUCGGCCAGUUCCUCGAGAUGGUCGACGCCAACUACGGCAUCGUGGGCUCGACCGCGGGCUCCAACUACUACGUGCGCAUCUUGAGCACGCUCGACCGCGAGCGCUUGAAGCCCAACUCGUCGGUCGCGCUGCAUCGCCACUCGCACGCCGUCGUGGCCAUCUUGCCGCCCGAGUCGGACUCGAGCAUUCAGAUGAUGCAGAUGUCGGAACGCCCGGACGUCUCGUACUCGGACAUUGGUGGCAUGGACGUCCAGAAGCAAGAAGUGCGCGAGGCUGUGGAGCUCCCGCUCACCCAUUUCGACUUGUACAAGCAGAUUGGUGUCGACCCGCCCCGUGGCGUGCUCAUGUACGGCCCGCCGGGCACGGGCAAGACGAUGCUGGCGAAGGCCGUCGCGAACGCCACGACGGCGUCGUUCAUCCGCGUCGUCGGCUCGGAGUUUGUCCAAAAGUACCUCGGUGAAGGCCCGCGCAUGGUGCGCGACGUCUUCCGCCUCGCCAAGGAGAACUCGCCCGCGAUUGUCUUUAUCGACGAAGUCGACGCGAUUGCGACCAAGCGCUUUGACGCGCAGACGGGCGCGGACCGCGAGGUCCAGCGCAUUUUGCUCGAGCUCCUCAACCAAAUGGACGGGUUCGAUCAAGCCACGAACGUCAAGGUGAUCAUGGCGACGAACCGCGCGGACACGCUCGACCCCGCACUGCUUCGCCCGGGUCGUCUUGACCGCAAAAUUGAGUUUCCGCUGCCGGAUCGCCGCCAGAAGCGUCUCAUCUACCAAGCGUGCACGGCGAAUAUGAACCUCGGCGACGAAGUCGACCUCGAGGAUUACGUCAACCGCCCCGAGAAGAUCAGUUCGGCCGACAUUGCAUCCAUCUGCCAAGAGGCCGGUCUCCAAGCCGUGCGCAAGAACCGGUAUGUUAUUCUGCCCAAGGACUUUGACAAGGGCUACAAGAACGCGAUCAAGCGGGCCGAUACAACGUUCGACUUUUAUCAUUAAGCGCGACGGACCUCGGACCAGCGUUUCAAGCAAUAUGAGCGAAUUGUGCGACGGAA